UGCUCUCUCUGAGGAAACUGCCUUUCUUUCUCCCUCCGUCAACAAGUAACAAGAAAAGUAACCAGGCUGCCUUCUUGUCUCCUCAGGCCAGCUCUGGCUUUGCUCGCUGCAGAGGCUGGAAAUCAAAGGAAGACUUUGAACCCCUUAAGACAUAUGCAUCUAUGUGGAAAAGACAUCCGAUUCCAGCAGUAGUAUAUAUAGUGCAUCUAGAUCUCCAGCACAAUAACUGCCUUUCUGAAGAGUUUUUUCAUUCAUCACAAUUGUUGUCAUUUUAACUAUUCACGGAUUUACAUUACAUUACAUUAGAAAUCUCUCAAUGGAAAGUCAAUACAAUCAUAAUCAUCAGGAGCCAACAAACGCUGAAAGAGAAGACAUAUUCACAGAUAAAGCCCUGUUGCUCAACUGUGCUGUACGAUUUGGCACAAUGGAGACAGUCCAGAAGCUGUUGGAAGACGGUACUGAUAUCAAUUCAAAAGUGAAAGGUGGCUGGACAGCCCUUCAUAGUGCUGUAGAGGCAAAUAAGGAAGAGAUUGUCCACCUUCUCCUUGAAAAGGGGGCUGAUCCACAUAUUAAGAAGGAAAAUGGAGCUACUCCCUUUAUCAUAGCAGGGAUAACAGGCAACGUGGACCUUCUGAAGCUCUUCCUUGAGAAAGGGGCAGACAUCAAUGAGUAUGAUGUCAAUGGCUUCACUGCAUUCAUGGAGGCUGCUUGGUAUGGGAUGGAGGAAGCCCUGAGAUUUUUGUAUGAGAAUGGGGCAGAUGUCAACUUGGGAAGAGUAGUUGAUGAGGAGAAAAAGGCCCUGAAUAAAGGAGGUGUGACAGCCUUGAUGGAUGCUGCCAGGAAAGGUCAUUUCACCUUGGUAAAAGCUCUAGUCAAAGAGAUGAAUGCCGAUAUGAAUAUCUGUGACAAUCAGGGAAGGAAUGUAUUAAUCCAUGCUCUGUUCACGGAACACAAAAUCUUGGACAGAGGCAAAGAGGACAUUGCUCUUUUCCUCUUAGAACAUGGGGUGGAUGUUAACAAGAGAGAUGAAAAUGGGAAAACUACUCUUAUACUUGCUGUGGAAAAGCAAAGCAAAGCUGUGGUGGUGGCUAUAUUGGAAAGAAAUGAUGUUGAUGUUGAUGAUGCAGAUAAAAACAGCAGAACAGCCCUGAUGGUAGCCGUGGAGACUAAAAACUAUGACAUAGCAAAGGUGUUGUGUGAAAGGGGAGCAAGGACAGACAUUGGGAACCUCCUUGAAGUUGCCAGUCAAACUUACAACAACGGCAGAAUCAUAGCGCUCCUUCAGAAAUAUGGAACACCACCCAUUCCAAGUCAGCCAAGGGUUCAAUGGAUACCCACUAGCAAACGCUGGGAAUCCAAGCUCCAGGAUCUGUAUAUGAGGUAUCGGCCUAUGAUUGGAAAACUCAAGAUUUUCCAAUAUUCAGAUUUUAGGAUUCAAAGAAACUCCCAAGGAGGAGUGUAUCUGGGAUUUUAUGAUGGAGAAGCGGUGGCUGUGAAGAUAUUCCAUACAGAUGCAGAAAAGGCUGAGCGAGAGAAAACCUGCCUGGAGAAAUGCCGUACCAGCAACCAUCUGGUGAAGAUUUGUGGAUCGGAACAGCGCAAGGCCUGUCUAUAUCUGUGCCUAACUCUGUGUGAGAGGACCCUUGAAGAGUACUUCAAGAUGAAUGACGAUGCAAGUAUGAAAAGCAAAGAUAUUCUUACAACAGUGUUUCUGGCAGUGAACGAAUUGCAUGGAUUUGGAUUUGGCCAUCAAGAUCUGCACCCCAGUAACAUUUUGAUAGAUGUUAAUGGCAAGGUUUUUCUAGCAGAUUUUGACAAGAGCAGAAAAAUAACUGAUGAUGAUCAGAAAGAAUGUAUCAUCUCAGAAGACCUAAAGGGUCUUCGAAAUCUCGUCCUAUAUGUUGCAUUGAGGGGCAAAAUCUGCUUUCAAACCUUACCUACAGAGUGUCCAGAGGAUGUAGCUGGUUGUAUGGAAAUUGAAGACCUUUGCAAAAGUCUUGAAUCAACUGAUAAAACCACCCGAGCCAGUGAACAACUGGGACAACUGAUGAACCAUCCUUAUUUCUGGAAUGAAGAGAUGAAAUAUGUGUUCUUAACAAAAGUUGGGAAUGAGAGUGAUAUCAAGACAUACAAAACUAAGCAUGAGAACAGCAACAGUGAAAUCCUGAAAGCUUUGAAUCACAAAGAGCAUCCUUUCAAGGGUUGGACUACUGAAAAGGUUCAUCUAGAAGUAUUGGAUUGCAUGGGUGGUCCUUUUCAAAGCAAAAAGAAACCAGACAAAAACAAGCGAGUAUUUGAAGACUGUGUGACAGAUUUGUUGAAGUUAAUCAGGGAUAUGAAUGCACACUACAGUGAGAAGAGUGAAGAGGUGAAGACCAUAGUUGGGAAUCCUGCAGACUAUUUUUUGAAUCUUUUUCCAGAUUUAACUGUUUAUGUCUACCGGAAUUUGAAAAAUAUAAAAUAUGAUAAACAUUUUCCUAAUGCCCAGCAUCCUUCUCACAUAUAACAAGAAUCAGUGGAUAUGGAUUCUUUCUGGACAGUUUUGGUUCUCUUCAGCUUAUUUCCAUUUCUGUAGAAUAGUUAAGGAAGAUCGAAAGACUCAUUAUAUUUUCCAGUCCUCAUAAAAUUUGUUGCUCAGCAUGAGAGACGUCACCAUAGGUAGAACAUUUCAAAAGUCCUUAUUGAGUGUGUUGGUCUCUUUUUGCUAACUGCCAGAAAUACAAAAUUUGUUUCUAGAAUUCCAAAACCAAAAUUAAAAACAAAACAAAGAUGGUCUGUUUUUAUGUAUUCAUAGAAAAACAAUGGAAAGGAAU